CAUAACGUCCCGACCACCGGCAAACAAAGACGCGAGCGGAACCUCUUCCGCUAAGAGCCCACGAACUCAACAAGUGACAAUCAAAAGAUACGAGAUGAGGUCGUUGUUCUAUUUGGCGGCGUUAUGCUGUCUCGUUUUGUCGGCCUACGGGAAUCCUAUCUCGCGGCCUGAAGAGGAUAAGGAAGUGGGAAGGCAGGCCGUCGCUCCAGCCGCUGUAGCGCCAGCCGCGUCCGCUGAUGACGACGACGACGACGACGACGAUGAUGACGAUGACGAUGAUGAUGAUGUUGGUCUUGAUUUGCCAGUAGAUGACGACGAUGAAGACGAUGAUGAAGACGACGAAGAAGAAGCUGAUGAUGAUGAAGACGAUGACUACCUGGAAAGGAUUUUCGAUGAAAUUUUAGGGGGAGACGAAGAUGAUGAUGACGAACCAGCUGUAGCAGCUGUACAGCCUGUAGCAGCCCCAGUGGAUACUGCAGCAGCAGCACCCGUAGCUGCUGUUGCUGAAGAAGCUGCCGCUGCUGCUGAAGACGUCGAAGCAUCAGAAACCGAAACCGUCGCUGAAGGCGAAGAAAACGAGGUGCAAAAGGAUCCCAUUAGUGCUGAGACAGAAGCCGUUGCAGCUAGUUCAGAAGCUGCCGCUGCCACCGAAGCCGAAGACGACGACGACGACGAAGAUGACAUCGACGACGCUCUCGAACCAGAAGAUGAUGAUGAGGAAGACGAGGAAGAAGAUGACGACGAAGAAGACGAUGUCACUGACGCUUUCGGCAGAAAUGUCUCGGCUAAGCACUCACGCGCCUUGAGUGAUGAACCGAACAAGAAGCCUGCUCCUGAGGCUGCGGCGCACAACGAUAUUUUCAAAAGAUAUAACAGAUUCGUAGAUAAUAUCCUGCAGAAGAUGAACGACAUUUUAAGGAAGUCCUACGACCCAGUGAACGUAAAGCUACAGCCUAUAGACGCAAGUAAAAAGAGUAAUAAACCCAAAAAGAACAAACCAAAAUCAAAUAAAAGGAAAACAAACAAAAAGAACACAUCUCGACGAAAUUCGACUAAGAAAAAUAAAGUUAAGUCAACGGAAAUCCCUGAAACUAGAAAAGAAGAAAUUGUAGAAAAUAGCGAUGUUAAGCCUAUCGAAAAUGUCAUUGAGGAAGUGACCAAUGCUACAUCUGAAUCUAGAGCUAUUAAAGAUACAAAGGCUAAGCCGACAACUAUUAAAGCUAAACCGCCAACGAAAGCCACUAAACCAAAACCCAAGCCCCCAACAAAGACAACAACAAAGAAACCAGUCACAACAAAGAACAAGACAAAGACGAGUGAAAAAAGCAGACCGAGAGCCAAAGGGACUCUAUACGGAUUAUCUUCUUUGAGGAGAAAGGGAGACGUUUCCGUCAAAAUCGAGGCAGAUCACACGACUGUUAAAAGUAAUUUCGCAGUUGGACCUCUUGUUUUAAGAGUCGAGAAAGAGGUCGGACGUGGAGCUAAGAAAGAGUUGAAAUCUGCCACCGCCACCACGGAGGAGAUGAUCGGGAAAUUGAGUUUCAGAGUUAGUAGUCAGGGUGUCGCCACACUGCAUUCGAUCAAGGUUCUUCAGCCGAAACAGGUACGAGUCGUCAGUAACCACGAGCGCACCCGUGAGUUAGUAUGGCAACGAAGCUCAAGAAUAGCUCACGUCGUCUCUGAAAAGUUGUUGUCCGCAUCUAGACCUAUGUUCAACCAACAUACUGUAGUAAAACAGUAA